AUGGCGACAACAGUGACGCUUCAGGGACCACUGCUCAGCCUCCUGGUGGUGCUGGUGCUUCUGCUGCUCUCGCUGCAGAUAAUCUACCUGCCCCUGCUGAUAGCGACCCUGCUCAUGGCACUCAUGGUGAAGAUGAAAAUGAAGAUUGGGGUUGGGAAAACUGGACCUGACGAGUACACUCGGUACCUGGCGAAGGAGGAAGCCACCAAGCUGCUCCGCGAAUACAAGCAGACGAUGCUGGACUCCAUCAAGUCCACAGUGGACGAGGCCAUCAACCCCUUCGCCGAGCAGCUCUCCAAGCACGCCGAGUCCGCUGCUGAACUCGCCCAAGGUGUCAAGGACCUCCCCAAGAUGGUUGACGAUGCUGCUGCUAAGCGCUUGGAUGGUCAGAAUCGCCGCCCUCAGGAGCAUAUCGACGGGAUGCAUAUUCGGCUGCGCGCCCAUGAGACCAGACUGGACACCCACGACUCCGACACUUCCUACCUCAAGGCCGAGAUCAGCAAGCUGCACGAGCUCCUCGCCGUCGCCAACGAUGUCCCCAAGGCCCCGCUGCUCCCCGCCGCCGGCUCUGAUCGUGACACCGACCCGUGUGUUAUCAAAGUCAUCGCAGCCAAGCUCACGGCCCUCGAUCAGGUUCAGCAAACUCUCACGGAUUGGAUCGCUGAGGUUGGUGUUGAGCCAAAAUUCUUCAAGAUCUCUUCCCCUGAAGCCGUCAGCCGCAGCUUCUCCAUCAACUUCGUUGGUGCACCCGCCCCCGCUGCUCGUCGUGUUGCCAAGGUGCUCGGCGCCCAGCGCCUCGGGCCUGGCCAAUGGAAGCGCUUUGAGACCACCGCAGCAGACGGACAGCCCACGGCCUUUCAUAUCGGCCCCGACAAGAAUCCGCGGCAGAUUCGCAUGGAGAUGCAGGCUCGGAGAAUUCGGGACGCUUUCAAAGAGAUCGACUCUUCAAAGCGCUGGUACGUUGACAAGGGCCGAGGCUAUGUCAUGGCAGGUUGGGGCCCGAUUCUCAAGACCAGCCCUAACCCUGGCAACGCUCCCUCCACGCUCAAUUGGGCCGACAACCUCAUUGCUAAGUGCAUCAAGAUGCUGUGCAACUACGAGACGCUAUCGGGAAAGCUCAUCGUGGUGAAGGCCUUAUCCGAGAAAGAGGUGAGUGACCACGCAGCCCAGUCGUGCUCUUUCUCGCAGCGCUCCUCAAAGCCCGAGGGGUAUCGCAAGAUCCCGUGGCGCAUUUUCGAGUCCAAAGAGUUCCAGGACUUGCUGGAUACCGUUACUCGCCAGCUAGAUUUCACGCCCCGCUCGCCUCCCAGGCAGAUUGAACUCUUCAAGUGGGCAGUGAAGGAGGUUGCGCGUGAGAUUCGCGAUCGUCUGAUGCGGCGCGACUCCGGGUCACUGGGCUCCCAGCUCCUGCUAGCGAGGUACGUCAUGCUGACCUUCGCCGCCGUCACCUGGAAGCAGAGCUCGCGGGUGGACGGUCUUCCCCUCAGCUCCGCCACCAACUUCGAGCUCUCGAGAGGCGUGCAGCUAUUUGGUCACCUCUUUCUCGUCGGCUGGUUCUUCAAGGCAUCAAAGAUUCAGGAGUUCAUGUGCGCGGUGCUCAACGAGAUGCAGGUGCCGCGAGCCUUCCUGUCCAUCAUCGACCAGCUGUACUUAGAGCUCGAGGCGUUUGGAAUGGUCCGCAAUGCUCCUACCCAUGCGUGGUGGGUUACGUCUGGCAUUGUCCAGGGCUGCUCAUUGAGCGGCUCACUCUACGCUGCGGCCACUGCCCCAUUUCUGGUCGAUAUCCAGCGCCAGCUUGAGACACCGAGGAAAGGUAUUGCUCGUGCUUGUGCCGACGACAUUGGUGCCGCCAUCAGAGACAUUCUCAGCCUGUCCAUCUUAGCGGACAUCAUGCAUCUUGCCGAAAGAUUUGCCACGCUGUCAUUGAGGAUCGACAAAUGCAACCUCGUCCCGCUGCACAAGCCUUUCUCGGAAAAUGUGGCAUCAGAGGUUCGCUCGCUGCUCUGUGAACACGUUCUUUUCUUCAAUCGUAUCAACAUUGUCGAGUCCCUCAAGUACCUUGGCCUUAUUCUUGGCCCUGCUGCCGAUGCCGACUCGUGCUGGACUUCUCCUGCGGUGAAGGCCCAUGAAAGAUCCGAGUUGGUCGGCCACAGCCACCUUCCCGUGUCUCGCUUGCCAGUUCACCACAACACCCGCAUCACCGCAGUACUGUCGUAUGUUGCCCAAUUCCGUCUGAUGCCGCGGUGGCUAGUGCAGAGCGAGCUUGUGGCGUUCGUGGAGACGCUGUUCAACGUCAAGCACGGCUCGUGCCAGUCCACGGUUUACACACCCGAGUUGCUGUCCAUUGCGCGCCAGGUGGAUAUCAGCAAGGUGGUCUUCGACAUAGUGGUGAUGCACUUCGCCUACCACGCGGACUCUGAGAGGCAACGACGGGAACUUACCAAUCGGGUCACCUGCUGGGCGUCCGCGUGGCUCCCAUCCAUCUUCUACACUGCCACCCAGAAUGACUUCGACACGUGGAGGGACUGGUGUGUGGACUACGUCUUCGGGGUGCUUCACUAUCGCGGAUUCUCCGCCCUAUUCGCGAACGACAGCCCCGCCCUGAUCCAAGACAUGAAAAGAGCUGCUGAAGAAAUAUGCAUGGCGGGCUGGCAAGGUUCUGGUGAUCCCCCCCUGGUGCCGACGCUGAUGUUCUUGACUGGCUUGGUCUACCUCCUGUGCGUCACGGCGGGGUGGCACAUGUCGGGCAACCUCUCCCUGAACCUCAUCUGCCUCCUGAUGCUCACAAACAGCUACUCCAUCCCCAGCGGCGACCGCAGGAUGAUCCCAGAGAGCUACUCCGUCCUCGGCUUCCUCCGCGCGUGCGCGCUGCGGGAGGCGGAGGAUCCUGAGUUCCUCCCGCUGAUUCAUGAAGCCGAUAACUGGCCGACGGACUUAACGGAGUCCGACCCGAACUUUCUCGAGCUGGCGGCGGAGCUCGAGGGUGUUGUUUUCCCUGAUCAUGUACCUGAUGUUCAUCACGAGUUCGACGACUUCAUGGGCGUCCACACCGACGUCGGCGACGACCUCGAGCCCUUCCUCGUCGGCGACUCCCUCGACGUUGACAUGGUGCCCCUGAGAGGCUCGCCGCUCCUGGAGCUGGGGCCCGCCAGCCCGCAGAGGCCCGCGGAGCGGCCGCACGCCUUGCGCGAGGAGGGCCUCGCGCGCGGCGGGGGGGGAGGCGCGCGCCUCGCCCACGAUGGCGGCUUCGCGGGGCGCGCGGCAUUCCUGGGCUACCGCGGCGUCAGCCGCGCCGCAGAGGCAGGCGGCGGCGGCGGUGGCACUGGUGCGGCCAGUGCCACGGCGCCGGCGCGGCACGAGGCCGAGGCGGCGCUCGAGGCAGCGCCGGCGGGCAACCCUUACCUCCGCGAGCUCGCCGCCGCCUGCGGCGGCACGCCGGGCGAGAGGCGGUGUGCGGCGCAGCGCCCUUGCCGCCAGGCCGCCGAGGUCGUCUGCGUGGACAGCGACCGCAGCGAGGACUCGGACGGGCCAGCGGCUCCGAGGGGGCUCAGCCCCGAGAGCGUCAGCAGCGUGGACCGGGACAACGAGGACGACCUCGUGGUGGAGGCUGGGGAGCCCCGGCCGCUCCCGCCUGGGCUCUCGCCGCGCGCCUGCAGCCGGGAGGGUGCCUCCGCGGGCGCGGUCGCCGGAGAGGCUUCGACCUCUCACGGGGAGCUCCCGGCGGCGGCUGGCGACGGGGGCGAGGGCGUGGUGGACGAGGCGUGCGGCGCGAGCGGGGGCAGCUCGGACUCUGGGGAGCCCGGGUGGCUCCAGCUCGGCAGGGGAGCCGCGGAGCCGUCAGAGGCCGCCGACGCAGAGGUGUGCGCGGCCAUCAUGGACGCUGCCCAGGAGGAGGAGUUGGGCGACAGGACCCUCUCGUGCCCGCAGUACCUGCCCUCGCUGGCCGCGUACCUCGUGGGCCACCCGGGGGCCGCUCCUGGCAGCAAGCGCAGGCGCACUGGCGGCGGCAGGCGCUUUUUCGACGAGCAGCCUUCCCGGGACGUGAUGGCCGACAAGGUCGUGGUCGGCUGCUGGGCAUGUGGCAGGCUGGAUCACGAGAGCACCGAGUGCAGCUUCAAGCGCUGCUUCUUCUGCUCGGAGCAGGGCCACCAGGCCACUGAGUGCCCCCGGCGGCAGCUCUUCUGCGCCCUCUGCCGCCGCCCCGGGCACGCCCGGCGCGAGUGCCCCAGCACACAGUACCACGCCGCGCUUCAGGACGCCGUCGCCGUGGCCCAGUGCCGGUGCACCCGCUGCGGCCAGAAGGGCCACCUGAACUGCGUCGGCGCCGCCGGCGAUGGCCAGGGCCCCUGGGCCCCCACUGGGCGGACCGGCGAGCCGCCACAGCCGCCCCGCUCCUGCGACCCCUGCGACGCUGCCGCCAGCGCCGCCGAGCUGGCGCCGUGGGGCCGGGCGGCGCGGCAGGCGGAGGUGGACAAGUUCGGGGGCGCGGGCGGUGGCGAGCUCGAGGAGGGGGAGCUCGCUGGGGGGGCGCUUGACGCCCUAGAGGCGGGCGUCUGGCCACCUCCGCAGGGGGAGCUCGAGGAGGGGGAGCUCGAGGAGGGGGAGCUCGAGCAGGGGCAGCAGUGGCAGGGGCCCGGCGGCGCGCGCGCGCCCGGCGGCAAUGGCGGCCUCCUCUGGGAGAGCCCGUGGCUGAACGGUGGCGGCCCAGUGGCGCCGUGGCUGGGCUGGGGCGGCAGCCCGUGCCUGGAGGCAAGGGGCCGCCCUGCCUUGUGCACCCUCGGAUGAGAUAGCGCUGGCUCAUCGUCGAUUCAGCGUUGACCGAGCGUCGACUGGCGUCGGUGAUCGUCGACUCGCAAGAGCCAGCAAGACGGUUCAGGGUACAGGGUACAGGAGGCUCCCAUGAGUUGCCGCAGGCCGACCCCCUCCAUGACGAUCCCCUCGCCUCGCUCCAGGACGUGGGGCCGUGCGGUCGGAGACCCGGGCAGCAGCUGCUGCUGCGGCUGCCGCUCGGGCUCGGCUCGUCUCGGGCUCAGGCUCGGGCUCAGGAUCGGGCUCGGCUUCGGGCCUGGGCCCGGACCGAGGGCAGCGGGGUCGUCCUUCUGGGGGCUCGAGCCACGGCAGCGGCCGGCCAGGCCGCGCCCGAGAAGGGGCCCUGGCUCGGCUGGGACAGCAACCCGUUCUUCCAGGGCGCAGCCACCUUCGUGCCGCACGCCGGCUGUGCGAGCGACGCCGACGGCCGGGGCCCCGCGGCGGGGGGCUCCUCGAGGGCAGCCGCCGAAGAGGAGGAGGAGGCGGCCAGCGACUGCACGCUCUACGCCAGGGGCAGGGCGAGGGAAGGGGAGGAGGAGGACGGGCUGGCGGGCGCGGGGCGCCGCAGCGGCGGCGAGCGCCCCGUGCGGGUCAAGCAGAGGGGGGGCAGGAAGAAGAACAAGAAGAAGCGCGCCAAUCAGAAAUGGGGUCGCAGGCCCGGGUCAAGCGACGGCUGAGCAUCGCGGGCCCCGGAGCGACAGAGGCCGUCACGUCCUCCCCGCCAUCUGCAACGUCCCCCCGAUCGUUGCCCUUCACAUCAUCACUCUGUCGAAAAAGCAAGCCGCGUAAACUUGAACUUUUCGAGCUCCGCGCGGAUUCCUUAGACCUGCGCUGGACCCCCCCCCGCGCGCUCCGCGUGCCAGGGAGGGGGGCUCGGCGGUUCCGCGCAGAUCCAGGAAAUCCGGGCGGAAUUCCGAAAACUCAGGUUUACAGUCGGGGCGCUCGUGUGGGAGGGGCUGAGUGUCCCU